AAUAAAUGGUGUAGACCCGGGUGAAAAAGGAAGCGACCCUCCAUUAAAAUAAGCGACGAUCAUCUCUAGUUUCCCUCAAUCACGCUUUCAAGUUUUCGAAUUGAGGAGCACACCGGGAAAAAUGGAUGGGCAAAAUUCGGACGAGUCAAAGCAAAACACCGGUGAUAUGUCUAUUUUUGUGCAAAAUCUUCUUCAACAAAUGCAAACCAGGUUUCAAACAAUGUCUGAUUCCAUUAUCACAAAGAUUGAUGAAAUGGGAGACCGUAUAAAUGAGCUAGAGAACAGCAUCAAUGACCUAAAAGCAGAGAUGGGAGCAGAGGGUUCUCCUUCCCCUUUUGCCCCAUCAAAGCAAAAGUCAGAAUCAGCAAAACAAGAGGAUGGCUCAGCAUAAAACUUGUUCAAAGAUUGUAUUUAGCAGUUGAUUGUGAUUGUAAUUCGGCUAUAUCUUGUUUUGUUUCAGACUGGCAAGAGAGCAGGACAUUGCCAUGUGUCUCUCUUUUCCAGAUUUUUUUUUACAUGUACAAAGUUUUUCUUCUAUGCACUGGGUCGUUUGACAAUUUACAGAGGGAAAGUGAU